UCCUAUUUUCAGCUUGUUUUGAAGUGGGAUCAAAUCCUUAUUGUUUUUUUUUUUUUGGAGAUCAAAGGGAGAGGAGACAUCGGCUAUUCGAAUGGGGUCAAUAUUGGGUGACUUGCCCUCCUUCGACCCUCACAAUUUCAGCCAACUUCGACCCUCCGAUCCUUCCAACCCCUCUAGGAUGAUACCCACUACCUAUCAUCCUACUCACAACCGGACACUUCCACCACCGGAUCAAGUGAUAACUACCGAGGUAAAAAACAUACUCAUACGAAGCUUCUACCAGCGAGCUGAAGAAAAGCUGAGACCGAAGAGACCUGCUCUAGAGAAUCUCACUCCGGAACAGGGGAACAAGCAUUUCCGAUCUGCUUCUUCUUCUUCUUCGGGCUUGUGAGAUCGGUUUAGGGUUUAAAUGUUGUAUCAAUCAUAUCAUAGAAUGGAUCUGUGUACUGAUGUUAGUGUUGCAAACGGUUGAAAUGCAAUGAGGUCUUAAAGCAUACAAGCUUAUGAGCCUUUUAGAAUUGUGUACAUAGCUGUUGUCAAUCAAGGGAAGUGUCUCUCCGGUUAUUGGUUAACCGGUUUUGAUUU